AUGGCGCUCGACGACGCAAUGAACGCGACGCUGCAACAGCUCGUCGACGACAAAGUACUCGUCGGCGACACGCGGGCCGAUGUCGCCCGCCUCUAUGCGUUUAGUCCAGGCUACGCGUGCAUGGCGCCAACCAACCAGGACACGCCGUCGAUGUUUCUCGCACAUGGUCUCGCCAAGCGCUAUACGCCCAAGGGCGUCGACCAGUUUGCAAAGUAUGGCGCGCACGUGCUGCAGCAACGCACACGCCCGUACAACGUUGUAGCGUACUCAAACGCGCGUCUCUUUCCCGAAUGGCAGUUUGACUACGCAUGA